UCUCUAUAUGUUAUGUUAAGACCGACCGCUGGUUUGCUUCCCAAGUGUCUCAAUGUCGUAGAACCAUGAAUCAGACAAGUCGGGAGCCUCGUUAAUAAUGAUCUUUAUGAUGCAGUCAUCAAAACGGAUCGCCUCACUACGUCGCUGAAGGUCGGAGGUCACUACGACCACGCCAUGACCUACAAGUGCGAGGAGUGCCAGCUCACGGACAUCCUGUGUAACGGAGCCAGCGCCCUCACUACCGGCCGCGUCACCGUCAUCCCCGUCUCCAAGCUGAUCAACUUUAACUUCCCGAGGUUUGAGGACAACAACGCCUGCGUCUACAUCGGCUUCUUCAAGCAGGACGGGAAAGUCUAUCAGAAAAUCCUCGGAGUCAUUGAGAGUCAGAUAACUGGUAUUGUUGGUUUUUCUAUUAUUUUCUCUUGUCUUAAUAUUUACGUGAUGUAUUCUUUUCGGCGGGUCAAUGACACAGAGGUCACAAUACCGUAUAAGAAGGUCGUGGAUGCCCCUAAGGAGGGUGAGCAGUUCCAGUACCAGGUCCCCUACAACUGUGACAGCUGUAUCGUCGACAGAGUUUACUGUGACGGAAUACAAUUGGAACUGAUGAGUUCAACUCGCAGGAGCGGGGUGGGCUCUAUCGGUUACUACACGGUGACUCCGACGGACAUAACCAUCAAGAUAACAGAGUUCAGCCCGACCUACGAGGGCGUCUACCAGGCGGUGUUCGUGCUGGGAGGAGAGACGAUCAGCAAGACGAUACUGGAGAUACGAGAUGCUGAAUCUCACGAGGGAGAGGACUCGGAGCCAGAGGAAACUUCCCAACCUCCGGAAGCGCCGACAGAGGCCGCCACCGUCGCCGCCUCGGAGGAAGCGACCACGGCCGCUGCGGCCACCACCGCCGCGCCCAAGUGACUCGGCUGAAGCGUCAAUAAACAGUCGACUGAG